CUCAGGGUCCUCUAUCCGAAGUCGGUCUUAGAAGUACCAGAUCCGAAGGAAGCAGUCUUUGUACCCUUUUCGCUGUUUUGGGAUUGUAAAUGCGAUAUAGAAACAUCAUUGAAGGACUAUCUGAAGUCGAAGAGGACACACUGCGUCUAUUCGAUUCCAUACACAAAGGAAUAUAUUAUUUUGCCCAUACAGCAUCAAGGGCCGUUCCGUUUCACACUGUACGACGGAAGAAUGCAUGUCGGCUUUUAAGCAAUUUUACAUGCAGUUUCUGAUGCAGGGGUAAAUCACCUCGGUUUUCGGUGCUUUUUACCCUGUAGUCUGAAGGAUUUGUGGCUGUGCCAUCGUACGUUCAGGAAUGCAUCGCUUUCUUUUAUAGUUGAAUGUAACUUUGUCUUCGAUCCCAGCUCUGAGGGUUUUGAUAGCCUACUGGAUAAGAGGACUGAAAGCAAUCGUAAAUGGAUCGUCAUUCCAGUUUCAUAUCCAUUUGGCUUCAACUGGAACUUUGUGCCAUGGCAGUUCUUCUUACUAAAGGGGAAAUAAGAUGUUACUGUGAUGCGCCGCAUUGCGUGGCCACCGGCUACAUGUGCAAAUCGGAAUUAAAUGCCUGCUUCACCAAGGUGCUGGACCCACUCAACUCGAACUCUCCGCUCACGCACGGGUGUCUAGAUCCCAUCGCGAACGCAGCUGAUGUGUGCAGCUCCAAGAUCUCCGAGACCCUGGCCGUGGGAGCGUCCACGCUCGAAUGUUGUCACGACGAUAUGUGCAACUACAGAGGCCUCCAUGACCUCACGCACCCCCGAGAAUCUACAGAUCACGGCAGGUACCACACAGAGGGGAACAACCGCAACCUGAUCACACGGGUGCAGGAGCUGGCGUCCGCCAAGGAGGUGUGGUUCCGGGCGGCGGUGAUCGCGGUGCCCAUCGCGGGCGGCCUCAUCCUGGUGCUGCUCAUCAUGCUGGCGCUGCGGAUGCUGCGGAGCGAGAACAAGCGGCUGCAGGACCAGAGGCAGCAGAUGCUGUCGCGCCUCCACUACAGCUUCCACGGCCACCACACCAAGAAGGGCCACGUGGCCAAGCUGGACCUGGAGUGCAUGGUGCCCGUGACGGGGCACGAGAACUGCUGCCUGACCUGCGACAAGAUGAGGCAGGCCGACCUGGGCACCGACAAGAUCCUGUCUCUGGUGCACUGGGGGAUGUACAGCGGGCACGGGAAGCUGGAGUUCGUAUGACUUCCUGGUUUUGUCGUCUGUUUUUUUUCUUCCCUGGCCACUCCCCCCACAACCCCGGCCAAAACAGCCAAGACUGCCUUUUCCUGGUUGGGUUUCUCUUUUUUUAAAUAUAUUUUCUUUUACUUAAAAGAAAAUCCACUUUUUUCACGUCCAUUGUACUGAAUUGCGUUUCUGUUUCAAUGGAGGACAAAAAAUGAAAAGGACGAUUGAGCGCAAGCUGUGUGGUUUUUUGCUAAGGAGCACUUUACUUGAAACUAAAAGGCAGACCAAGGAGGAGCUGUAUUUAAACUUGAGAGGGCUGGACUGAGAGGGAUCUCUGCAACUGCCCUGUGGGAUUUCAGAGUUACACUGAGCGCUGAAGGAUUCCACGUCUGUCUUAUUUGCACAUUUGUAAAAAGUCAAAAGAAAAUACGUUGUUUUGCUUAAAAAAAAAGACAAAAAAAAGAACGAAAUCGAAGAAUUUUACACUGACACCAGGGUACAAACAGGACUUUUUGAGGAGUAAAAAAAGAACAGAUUCAGUGUUGACUGUAGGUAUGUGCACACUCCUCUGUGUACAUUUCUUGAUUCAAGCUUAUUGUAAAGAUUUGAAAUAUAUAUAUUUUUGUCUGAA